AUGAGCUCUAAUGUACCACCUGUACCAAUUGAUAAUGUCUCCUUCCACUGUGUUGAGAAUGUUGACGGGUGGAAAUUUGUGGUCAAAAGGAGAAUGGCCAUAGAAAGGAACCUUAAUGAAGAAUUCUUGAAAUGUCAAGAUAUUAUGAAUCUGAUAGAGGAAGCAGGGCUGAUGAAAACUGUAUCUGAGUUGGGUAGGUGCUAUGAUAAAUUGACCAGAGAGUUCUUAGUGAACAUCCCAGCUGAUUGUGAUAACCCUUUAAGUCCUGAGUACUUGAAGGUGUAUGUGAGGGGAAGAUGUGUUGACUUUUCACCAGCCAUCAUCAACCAACAUCUGGGUAGAUGUGAUGUUCCUGCACCUGAAUUGGAGAUAUCUAUGAAUGAGGUGUCCAAGACUAUAACUGGUGACAAGGUGAAAGUGUGGCCAAGAGCUGGAAAAUUGUCUGCUGCAAAAUUGACCACAAAGUAUGCUCUGCUGAACAAAAUUGCUGCAGCCAACUGGGUACCCACUACACACUCCAAUAGUGUAGCUACAGGUUUGGCUAAAUUCAUCUAUGCCAUAGGUACUAGUACUGUUUUUGAUUAUGGCAAUUAUAUCUUUAAUGCAACAAUUCUCUAUGGCUCUUCUACUUCUAUAAAGAUGCCAAUAGCCUUUCCCACCUUGAUCUGUGAUAUUAUUUUGUCCCAACACCCUGAUAUCUGCACUAAGUCUGAUGUGCCUGUCCCUAGACCUUCAGCCUUGACCAUGGAUUUUAGAUUGUUGGAAGGUAAACAUGCUGCAGACAUUGCUGUAGCAUCUUUGAAGAAACCAGCUGCAGGCAUGACCAAAAGACAGAUGAUUGCUAAUCUCAGGGAGGUUAGUAAAAUGCUGGGUGAGAAGAAGGAGCUGGUAGAUGGUGUGAUCCAAGCCUUAGAGCUUGAGCAAGCACAAGCAGAGGAGGUUGGAGUUGGUCCUUCCCAUGGUGCUUCCCAUGAUGAUGAUCUUACAGGUGGUGACACUGUAGAAGAGGAAAUGGCCUAUGAUGACAGUCCCUCCAUAUGA